CCUGAGCCUGACACAGAUGGCCAGAGGGAGCCAUGGUGGUGGAGGAGUGACCCAGUGCCCGAGCAGAACCUGCUUCUCUCCUGUCUCCUAGCUGCUGCUGCUGAUGCUGCUGUGGCUGCUGCUGCUGCUGUCCCUGCUCUGGGAGGGCUCCCUGUCCCAGGUCCUGCAGGUGCCGCCCUCAGUGACUGUGCAGGAGGGGCUGUGUGCGCAGGUCCUCUGCACCUUCUAUCCCAGGUACUCCAUCGACAAAUCCUACCCAGCCUAUGGAUCCUGGUUCAGAGAAGGGACUAACACUGACACUGGCAAACCUGUGGCCACAAAUGCCCCAGGUCGUCAGGUGGAGAGGGGAGCCCAGGGGAGAUUCCGUCUCCUCGGGGAUCCCCAGAGGAAUAACUGCUCCCUGAGCAUCUCCGAUGCCCGGGCCACAGACAGUGGGCGAUACUUCUUCCGUUUUGAACAAGGAGAGACAAAAUACAACAUCUAUCAUCCCCAGCUGUCUGUGAGCGUGACAGGCUUGAGCCAGAAGCCAGACAUCUCUGUUCCAGAGGUGCUAGAGGCGGGCACCCCGGUGACUCUGAAUUGUACAUUUCCCUCGGCCUGCUGGGAUAAUAGCACCUACAGGUUCUCCUGGAGUGGGGCUGCCCUCCCCUCCCCACACGAUGGCUCUGGGCCCCCCCCCUCCUCUGAGGUCUCCUUCACCCCUGGGCUCCAGCAUCAUGGCACCCCUGUGACCUGCCAGGUGACCUUGCCUGGAGGCCGUUUAACAGCCCAGAGAACCAUCUUCCUCAACGUGUCCUAUGCUGCUCAGAACAUGACCAUCAGCCUCUCCCAGGGAAACAGGACCGCAGCAAUUGGCUCCUCUGUGGUGGUCCAGGAAGGAGAGUCUCUCCACCUGCUCUGUGCUGCCAACAGCAGACCCCCAGCUACACUGAGCUGGAUGCUGGGGGACCAGACCCUGGUGUCCUCCCAGCCCUCGGAUGAUGGAGUUCUGAGCCUGCAGCUGCCCCAACUGAGGCCAGCAGAUGGAGGGAGAUACACCUGCCUCGCCCAGCAUCCUCUGGGCUCCAAGCAGGUCUCCUUGAAUGUCUCUGUGCAGGGGCCCAGCUCGUCCAGUGUAGACCACCAGCUCCGCGACCACCUUCAGCCCCCCAGGCCUGUGCACACGUCUGCAGUCCUGAGAAAGGGGCUGGUCUGGUCCCAGCCCGAGGUGUCCCUGCAGCUGCUGCUGCUGCUGCUGCUGAUGCUGCUGUGGCUGCUGCUGCCCCUGCUCUGGGAGGGCUCCCUGUCCCAGGUCCUGCAGGUGCCGUCCUCAGUGACUGUGCAGGAGGGGCUGUGUGCGCAGGUCCUCUGCACCUUCUAUCCCAGGUACGCCAUCGACAAGUCCUACCCAGCCUAUGGAUCCUGGUUCAGAGAAUGGACUAACACUGAUUAUGGCAAACCUGUGGCCACAAAUGCCCGAGGUCGUCAGGUGGAGAGGGGAGCCCAGGGGAGAUUCCGUCUCCUCGGGGAUCCCCGGAGGAAAAACUGCUCUCUGAGCAUCUCCGAUGCCCGGACCACAGACAGUGGGCGAUACUUCUUCCGUUUUGAACAAGGAGAGGAAAAAUACAACAUCUAUCAUUCCCUGCUGUCUGUGAGCGUGACAGGCUUGAGCCAGAAGCCAGACAUCUCUGUUCCAGAGGUGCUAGAGGCGGGCACCCCGGUGACUCUGAAUUGUACAUUUCCCUCGGCCUGCUGGGAUGAUAGCACCUACAGGUUCUCCUGGAGUGGGGCUGCCCUCCCCUCCCCACACAAUGGCUCUGGGCCCUCCCCCUCCUCAGAGGUCUCCUUCACCCCUGGGCUCCAGCAUCAUGGCACCCCUGUGACCUGCCAGGUGACCUUGCCUGGAGGCCGUUUAACAGCCCAGAGAACCAUCUUCCUCAACGUGUCCUAUGCUGCUCAGAACAUGACCAUCAGCCUCUCCCAGGGAAACAGGACCACAGUUUGGGUCCCAGGAAUCGGCUCCUCCCCUGUGGUGGUCCAGGAAGGAGAGUCUCUCCACCUGCUCUGUGCUGCCAACAGCAGACCCCCAGCUACACUGAGCUGGAUGCUGGGGAACCAGACCCUGGUGUCCUCCCAGCCCUCGGAUGAUGCAGUUCUGAGCCUGAAGCUGCCCCAGCUGAGACCAGCAGAUGGAGGAAAAUACACCUGCCUCGCCCAGCAUCCUCUGGGCUCCAAAAAUGUCUCCCUGAUCAUCUCUGUGCAGUAUACCCCAAUGAUGCUCAACCUUUCUUGCUCCUGGGUCAAUGAUGUCUUGUUCUGCACCUGUUUUGUUCAAGCAGAGCCAAUCCCCUCCCUGCACUGGUUUGUGGGGGAGAAGGUUGUAGAAGACAAUAGCAGCGACAGCACUUUCUGUGUAACAUCAAACAAGACUCAGUCUGGAGUUAAUGGCAGCCUCAGUGUGAAGUUGGAACAGGUCCCCAACAUCACUGUUACCUGUCAGGGGGAGAACCAACAAGGGAUUCAGACUUCUGUAUUCCAGCUAGUGACAGAUAGGACCCCUCUGACUCCCUUGUUUCGAAAAGGCAUGAUCAUGGGCGUCCUCAGUGGAGCUGGUGUCACAGGUCUGCUGAGCCUCUGCCUCUUCAUCCUUCUAGUAAAAGUACUCAGGAAGAAGUCAGUGGCAGCAGCAGCAGCAACAGCAGCAUCCAGAGAGGGAGCUCAGGAUGCCAAGACUCCCUCUUGGAUGGACCAGUCCCUGGAUCCCAUUCCACCAGCUGCACACACAGCCCCAACUCCAUCAGCUCCAGAGGAUGAACUAGAUGAAUUGCAUUAUGCCUGUCUCAGCUUCGAAGGAGUAAAAGCUAGAGAAGAGCAUGGAUCCACCAACCCCAACACUGAGUACUCAGAAAUUAAGUUCCAAUGAGGGACAAACUAAUGGAGACUCAACCUAGGUGCCACAUUGGAUAGUUUGCAAGUCGGUUCCUCCUUUCUAUUGUCAUUAAUUCCUCAAACAAACACUUGCUCCAUUAAGCACUUGCUCCAUAUAGAUUUGGAUAAGACAUAUCCCAUGUACUCAUGGACUUUCAGUCUAGUAAAGGGCUAAAGCACAAGCCCUUGCCCACUCUUCUUCACAGAUUGAGCUCUCCCAGAGGAUUAUCUGCUACCUUGGACUCUUUGGGUAAAGUUAAUCAGUUGCUUCCUCUCUAACCCUAUAGACCUUGAGCCCCCACCAGUGUGCUUCCCAAUACCAUUCAAAUGACAUAAUGAGAACAAUAAUUACAAAACAUCCUUCCCAUAAACCUGGGACCCACAAUCCCACCAAUACACUCAGUGUAUAUCUUAUACAGGUAGAGAGACUGAGCACCAACUUUUAGUUAAAUGAUAACGUACAGGGAAUAGAUGCAGCCACAUCAACUCAGAGCUCUGGAACUACAGGGCCUCAAUGUCUUUUCUCUCUGCUCAAUGUCCUUGCAAAGUUCUCUACUGAGCAUGGUUAUCUGUGCUGGACCGGUGGCCCUGUUGCUAUUCUAGUCCAAUUCACUGCAAGGCUUGAUCACUCUACUACUGACCUGAGUUAGCUCUGCAGAGGGCCUAGCAUCUCAGCAAGAUGGGUCAGUCCAUCACACUCACUUGGCUGACUUCUGUACUACUGUUCCUUGCUAGGCAAAGUUGGCUUCAUGUUUGGAGUUAUAGCUAUAGUCUCUGGAAUUUCCAAUUUCAGACUAUGCAAUGGGGGAGAUGCAGGAUUUGGAUAAGCAAAAAACACAAGGAAUGCUAAUAUGUCCAGAUAUUUAAGUGCAUUAGAGAGAAAGAGAACAAAAAACUGGAUGAGCCCCAACAGAAAGGUAAUUUUAUCAAGCAUUUUAACUGUAUAUUUACUAAGUGACUACUAUGAAAACCCUUUGUUUGGAGCUUGACUAUUUUCAACCUCACUUUGCUCUUAAGGAAAUUGAGGUUCAGAAAGAAAUAUAUCAUCACAGAUUUAGAUAUAGAAGGACCUUUGAGGUUAUUGAGCUCAACCCCCUUAUUUUAUAAAGAAGGGAAUUGAGACCAAGAGAGAUUAAGGGACUUGCUCAAGGUCAUAUAGUAAAUAUCUAAUUAGUUAGUGGUAGUCUCUCGGUGACUGAGAAUGACGAUUGUCUUUGUGCAUUAUCAUCUAUUGAUGUACCCUCAUGUGGCUUUGGAGUCCAAAGGCUGAACCACAGAGUUUGUGGCACAUGGGGCAUGGGACGCCAGUUGUUACGGGAGGUGUGGUUGUGGCCUGGUGUCGCAGCGGCAAGAUGUUGAUAUCUAAAAAGGUAUCAAACCCAGAUCUUCCUGACUGUGAGCCCAGAACUUUAUCUUCUAUACAAUACUGCACAAAAUACCCCAACCAGGAAAGGAUAAGGCUAGCGCUCAAACCCUUGCUUACUAGUGUCUUCCUUCCUUCCUUCCUUCUUUCCUUCCUUCCUUCCUUCCUUCCUUCCUUCCUUCCUUCCUUCCUUCCUUCCUUUCUUCCUUCCUUCCUUUUUCCUUCCUUCCCUUCUCUCUUUCCCUCCCUCCCUUCCUUCCUUUCUUCCUUCCUUCUCUCUUUCCCUUCUUUCUUUCCUUUCUUCCUUCCUUCUUUCUUGUCUCCUCUCCUUUCCCUCCUUUUUUCCUUUUCUUUCCUCUCUCUCAUUCUCUCUGUCUCUGUCUUUAUUUCUAUCUGUCCUCUUCUGUGAUUUCAUUGAUAUAGAGGAUUCCAUCUACCAAUGCAUUUUGGGACUUAAAGCCUUAGAGAGUUACCUGGAUUACCUAGGGAGCCAAAAAGUUAAUGAUGUGCCCAGAGUCACAAAAUUAACUGGUGCUGGAGACAGGAUAGCAAUAGCUCUGGAGCUAUAGGAUCUGGGUUCAAAUUCCACCCUUGCCACUUAUUACCCUUAUGACCUUGUAAAAAUAUCUCUUGUCCUUCUUGGUUUGAAAUUUCCUUGACCUCUAAAAUAGAGGGAUUGGACCAGAUGAUCUCAAAGGUAGAUCUUUUACCUCUAAAUUUAUGAUCCUAUAACUUGAGCCUAAUUUUUUUUUUCUGGUGGGGAGGCCAAUUCUACACCAGAUUUCCUCUUUUCUCUAGAUUACUUUGCAGUGAAUUAACUGUGUAUAUAUUUUGUCUCCUCUUCCCCAUAUCAUGGUAGAAUGUAAGCUUCUUGAGGACAGGCCAUGCCUUUCUCCUUUUGUAGCUCCAUUCUCUUUGAUAAUUAAUAAAUCUUUGUUUAAGUGAA